GGGAACAUAAAUAGAAAAGUGUUCCAAUAGGAUUAUCAUACACAUUUGUCUUUACAUUUUCUAUUCUCUAUAAAGCAAACCUUCUCACCAUCAUGUUUCUGUCAACCAAUAUAGCAUAAACAACUCUGCACUUGGAUCAACACACUUCAACCUCAUUCAAAGGAUAGAGUUUCUCUUGAGAUUAUCAUCAGAUAUAUAUGAAUGCAAAGAUCUUGAAAGGCCAAAAGUAGAGAGUGUGGUAGAGGUACUACCAUGAGCGAUUUGAACGGUGAAAGAUCAAAGCCUCCAUGGAACAUAUAUCCAUCUUCAAACCCUGGUCCAUCACAGACAGGAGUUGAUGAGGAAGCUCCAUGGAAAAGCUUAGGGACAUCUAUGAGUGCUAUUUCUUUUGGCUUUGUUGCCACCGCCAUUUUGAUUUCAAUGUUUCUUAUAAUGGCAAUAUUUGAACAUUUGUUCAAACCCACCUCACAAUUCUCCACACCAGAAUCUAUGAUGCGACGCUAUCAGGAGCACCCACCACUACCAACACCAAAACAGGGAAACCCACAAUCAGUUCCAGCAUGUUAUGGUUCUGAUUUCUCAGUGGUGAUGCCAGGGCAGCAAUAUCCUACCUACAUCGCUCAACCUGCUCCUCUCCCUUGUCAAAGGGAAGGGGCUUAUUGGCCUUCUCAUGAACAUCAUUUUCUAUUUAAUUAGUGCUUCUUUUUUUUUAUCCUUCAAUAUGUUGCUAUCAAUGAUCAACUUUUCUUCUCUCUGUAUACAGAUACUCAGAGACCACCCACUUGUGUCAAUUUUAUACAUAAAUAUUGUAUUUAUAUGCCAAAAUGUUAAGCCAGCUUUUUCCUAGUUUGAUGUACUUCAACUUCAGCAACUAAAGUUGCACCAUAAAUGUUUCUUUUUUGUUUUUACUUGCAUUACUAUCAGUAUUUACUCUUACUUUUAAGCCA